UACUGGCAAUGUCAUACGUUUCAAAGCGUUUAAAAAUAACUUUAACGUAUAUAUUUCAAGACAAUACGUCGUACAAAUAAAGUUUUGACAUUCAAAACGGUCCGACAGUGGAACGGUUCCGACGUGGAAACUUUGUGGCGUAAUAAUAGCUUAUCGAACUAUUUUUUAAAGGAAUUUUUUUUAAAAAGUUCCUCACAAACUGCAUAAUCGUCGAAAAACCAACUUUUCCAUUACAGUAUAAAGCAGCGGUUUAAUAACCAGCAGUAUUUUAAGAUUCAAAUAUUAAUUUGUUUAGCAUUCUUGCUAGCCUAAUGGCCCGGCGGUAACGCUGUGGAAACAAAGUACAGCGACGAUGUUUCGCUAAAGAAUAGCAACUAUUAAUACAUUUAAUUCUUCACAUCAGUGGUGGGAUGAACGAUAUACCAGCCGUGACUGUGCCUCGGCGCUUUGCACAACUGUACCGUGACCGCCUGGAGGCGCUCGGGGUCUUGAACCCGAGGUUCCGCCUACUGAAGCGGCCGGACGGUACGGUGGCCCUGCCCCUGCUGCCCCACGGCGCCUCACAGCUGGACGUGCGCGCACUGCAGCUCCCCCUGCUGGCCGCCGGCGGCAACAGCGCCACCUGCUCCCUCAUUUACCUAGAGGAGCCCGUGCUCUCCAAGAAGACCCGAGUGAAGUCGCGCAGCGAGGCGCUGGUGGAGGCCCUGCGGGGGCUGCUGGAGGCGCGGGGGCAGCGUUGGAGCGAGGAGCUCCGGCAGGAUGUUCCGCACAGCUGGCAGCGCCACGGCGACCUGGCUCUGCUUGGGGGUGGCUGUUUCUCCCUGCAGCUCUGGAGCACGCUGGGACCGGCGCUGUGGCAGACUGUUGCUCGCGAACUAGGAGUGAAGCGGUUGGCGCGGAUCGGACGCGUCGACAGCAACGGAUUCAGGAGCCCUCGGGUGAUGAUGUUACUGGGAGAGGACAGCUGGGUCACGCAUGUUGACAAUGGCAUCAGGUUGGAAUUCGACGUGACCAAGUGUAUGUUCUCUUCCGGAAACAUCACGGAGAAGCUGAGGAUCGCCGCGUUUGACUGCGGGGGGGAAACUGUUGUUGAUCUGUAUGCAGGCAUCGGCUACUUCACUCUCCCGUACCUGGUACAUUCCGGGGCGGCCCACGUUCACGCCUGCGAGUGGAACCCACAUGCCGUGGAGGCCCUGCGUAGAAACCUGCAGCUCAAUGGAGUCUCAGAGCGCUGCACUGUCCAUGAGGGGGACAACAGACAGUUGCAGCUGCGUGACGUGGCACACCGGGUCAACCUGGGCCUGAUCCCCAGCUCCGAGGAGGGCUGGCCUGUGGCAUGUCGACUCCUGAAACGGGCCACGGGGGGCGUGCUGCACAUCCACCAGAACGUGAGCUCGUCUCCGCGUGGCUUCAGAUCCGACGGCCGUCCUCACGAGACGCGCUGCGCGGCCGGAGCAGAGCGGGGAGCCGAAGAAGAAGCCCCGCAGCGAGGGAGAGAGGCGUGGACCAAAUGGGCUGAAGGAGCGGCCUGCAGUGUCGCCGCCCUGCUGGCGGAGAUUCACGGGACGCCCUGGACGACAAAGAUCCUGCACGUAGAGUGUGUGAAGUCAUACGCCCCACACAUACAUCACUUAGUUCUCGACUUGGAGUGCAGGCCCUGCUGACAGGGGCCAUCAACACUGGAACGGACAGCAGGGGGAGCAGUGGUUGAGGAACUGAACUUUGUGACCCAAAGUUUGCAGCUCAAGAAGUUGCCCUAUCGUUGCAGAGUUACGUUUUUAUCAGUCGGUUGUAUAACUGGGUAAAAUUGUAAGGUAAGUAAAAAAAAAAAAAAAAAAAGAGAGAUUUAAUUGAAUAAAAUGGCUAUAAAGUUGUUGGUUUUGUCAGCCAUAGCUGUGAUAAAUACUUUUAGACUCAUAUUGUGUAUUAAC